UGUUUUCUUGCGUCUCUGCAUACACCGCACGCUUUCCCCAAAUCGGCGACGCCAUGGACAAGGAGAGGAAGCUGUCCUUCUCCAUCCCUACCAAGGCCAGGCCGCCCAAGCCCCCCACCCACCCCGCCGCCGGGGCUGGUUCCUCCGCCACCAACGGCAAAUCCACUUCCGCUGCUGCUGCCCCUGCCCAGCAGUUCGUAACUGAGUUCGAUCCGUCCCAAACCCUAACAGCCGCCGGCGCGCCCGCCGUCAUCGCGCCCCUCCCGAACUCCGGCCACUUCCUCAAUCAACGUUCCCGCAAACCCUCCUCCCUCCCGACCCCUGAGGAGGAGGCCGCCCUCGCGGCCUCCACUGCCGGCGGCCCCACAUUCGUGCUUGACACAUCCACUGCCCCCGACAACCCCUCCUCACACAUCGGCUAUGGCCUCACCCUACGUAACGGCGCUGACACGGAGUCGGAGAAGACACUGUCUUCCACUGCUGUCGUGGAAUCAGAGAAGAAGCCGCCUUCUUCCGCCCGAGACGUCCCCAGCGGUGACCUUAUGCUGCGGCGGUAUAAGGAAGAUAUGGACAGUCUCCCCGAUCACCGUGGUAUAGACGAGUUUGAUGAGGUGCCUGUUGAGGGCUUUGGUGCUGCUCUCCUUGCUGGCUAUGGCUGGUCAGAAGGUAAAGGUAUUGGUAGGAAUAAUAAGGGGGAUGCCAAGGUCGUUGAGUACGACCGCCGUGCCGGUACGCAGGGGUUAGGCUAUAACCCCUCUGAGGCCGACCCUAAGAAGACUCGCUCCGGCGAAUGGGUUGUUGGUGGGAAGAAGGGGACAGAAAAUGGGAAUGUGAAGAGAGAUAGGGACAAGAAAGAUAGACAUGAGGAGAGGGAUUUGAGCUCCCGGCAGAAGAGAUCUGGUGAUCAUAGAGCAGAGAGGAGGCCUCAAGAAAAAGCGAGAAGCGCUCGGGAUAGCCGAGAAGGCAAGAGUGGUGGUGAUGUUGGUAACAAAGUGCGGUGGUUACAGAGCAACAUCAGGGUUAGAGUGGUUAAUGAGAGGUUCAGCAAAAGGUUGUACUUGAUGAAGGGGAAAAUUGUCGAUGUGGUGGGACCAACAACAUGUGACAUAAUUAUGGAUGAUGGCUCAGAGCUGGUGCAGGGGGUGGAGCAGGAUAUGCUCGAAACUGUCCUGCCACGGACGAAUGGGCGAGUUCUUGUGCUCUGUGGGAAGCACAAGGGUGUGUAUGGGCGUCUGGUGGAGAAGAAUUCAGCGGAGGAGACUGGACUGGUGGAGGAUGCUGAUUCAAAGGGCAUGAUACGUGUGAAAUAUGAUCAGAUUGCAGAAUAUGUUGGGGACCCAGAGUUGCUUGGGCAUUGAUUUUUUCUUUGAGUGGACAUCCGUUUACCAGGAUCUCUUCAGCUGUGCUAGAUGCACAGGGCCACCUUGGGAACCAUUCAUCACGAAAGUUCUUUGUGGGCCCAUGAUCACAGGCGUCAGUGUGAUGACUGAUGAACCUUGGUACUCUAAUAUGUUCCUAUAUUGUAGAUUAUUGUCCCAGGUUCAUUGACACUUUACCCUCACAGGUGCUCGGCAUCUAUAGGGCAUAAGGCUAUGUGGAUUGGCUUCUGAACUGCAUUUUUUCUUCUAGUUUGGAUAUGUUAACUAAUCAGUGACAUAUUUUGAAAGACCUAUUUCAAUACUAUGACGAAGAGGCGGCAUUGAUGUCUCGUAAGGGAUGGAUGCGAUGGAAACUGAAGAUUUAUGAUAUGGAAGUACAUAGUGAUAGAUCCAUACAGGUUGUAGCUGGAUAAUUGACGGCUACUUUAACUCCUAUGGUUGCCAGCUGAUUAAAGUUCAGCUAUUCCCAUCCUUGCAUGCCUGACCGUUUCCAUGUACUGCUGACGGUGAAGAUGGCUUUCUAGCAUGCAGACCAAAACUUGUGAACAGUAGCAUUCUGUUGUUGAGAGUUCAGUAUCUCCUACAAUGCCUGCAGCUGAAGAUCACAACGGACUGAAGUGCAUCUCUGAAACCUGUAUUAGAGUUCUAGCACCUGGCAACAGCUUUUCAGAUGACAGAUCUGCUUUGAGGUUUUAUUGACCUCAAGUGCGCUGUCUUUCUAUAUGGAAUAUGAUGCCAGUUUGGCUGUUGUAACAAGCACUGGAAGUUUCAAACGGUCCAAGAUUCCUCCUCCACUGUUUGUACUGUAACUUAGGUCCAUUCUGGAGCUCCCCGUUCUCCUGAAAUCUGGCUCUACUUCCGCUCUCCAUGAGUAGAAAUCCUGAGUUCAGAUUCCGUUCAGCAUGUUCAACGUGCUAGAUCCCGAAAUUCUCUUCCAACGGCCACGGUCAUGGAUGGUGGCUUUUGAAAUUCUCUUUCAAAACCAGGAAGCUAUCCUAUCAGCCUAUGGCUCUGCCGACUCCGCAUCCGAUCGGAGCUUGUUGAGCUUGUGUCUCUGCGGAAUGGAACCUUUGUUUCUGUCAUUACCUUGUGCAUGGUAUGCAGAUGGCAGCUACGGCCCUGGUUCUCUUGCAGGAUGCUGAUCUCAUGUUAGCACGUCCUGCCAUUCAAAAUAUGAGAUAAUAUAUGGUCAAUUUGUAUCUAGGAAUUUAAUAUUGAGAAAACAAAUUGACACCGAAAUAAUUUUGUUUCUUAACUUCACACUAUUUUGUAAACUGAACACUGUACAGGAGAUACGGCAAUUCUGAUACAGUCCAAAUACGUAGCUUCGGUAUGUAAAAAA